AUGUCUUCGCCCAGUACCGAAAUAAUUUUUGUUAAGCCAACUGAUGAUACCCAACGCGUAUACGAUUGUAUCCGAUAUACAUACUUUUGCGCAUACGUCCAAGCUAAAGUCUUUGAUCUGGACUCGGACGACCCUUGGGAAUAUCAACCACUGCAAGCCGAUCGCUAUGGUCUCAGCGGAUUCGAAGGUCGUGACCGGGUCGAGUUCGACGAAGAUAUAUAUCUCUUCACUUGGUAUAAGAACGACAAACAAUUUAUCUUCAAUCUUGUAAACAUAUUUAUCAGCGAUGGUACCUUACCAAGUCUAAUUGAGCAUAUUAUGGGAAAAGAUGAGGCUAGGUCAAUACGCGCCCAAGAUGAACUUCAAAGGUUGCUCAAUCGAUGCGCAUCAGAGUUCAGAACAGAAAUCCCUGGGGAGGAUAGUCGAGUUAUUGCAUAUUACUUGAGCAUAUAUUCUACUAUUAUCGCUAAAGAUAUUUUCCGGAGAGCCGCCAGUCCUCACUUAAGACAUUUGAGAGAGCUAGAGGGCCGGUGGAUGCAUUCAAACAUUAUAGAGGCUAUAGGUUCCGAGCGCCUUCCUAAGGAGGCCAGAAGCCAUAUCCGGGGUAUAAUAGAAGACAUUGAAGUCAGUGGAUUCACUGGGCCAAGUAGCCAAGGCAUUGAGGCCGAAGAAUAUAAUGAUGAAUUCCAUGAAUUCCAUGGUAUUGAUGUGGCUUUCGGUCGGAACGGGGCCCUAGGAUACAAACUCGAGAACCUACUAGCAAGAUGGUUGAGGCCUGACCAUAAGUGCCAUGAUCUUGUCGCUCAAUACGAACUAGUUGACCUAACGAGAGAACUGGAGCUCGCCGUCCUAGAAAAGAUCCGCAUUGGUCGCGAUGAAGAGGUGGGCAUCUUCAGAAAGUCUAUUAACCGCCGGCAGAAUGCGGUAGAAAGCUGGACAGGAGAGCGUUGGGAUUGGUGGCCGUUACCACAAUGCGUGAGGGACCCAGGGGAGAACGAGACUCAGAUACGAUGGGAAUACAUAUGUGGCGAGAAUGGACGCGCAGUAGUACCUUCGCAAUUCGCAGAGUUUCUCAAGUCGAUUGUUCAUGACCCAGGCCAGUCCAGAACACUCACACAGAACUCACCGCCCCCGCCAGCCCAAAACCCACCUCCAGAUCAAGGCAGUCCAAGUAAUGCGGCUGUUAGUAAAGACGGCGGGAACAACAGCAGUUCCCCUCAGAAUUUCCAAGGCUCAUGCCAGAAGGGUACUUCAUCAUCGACAGAUUCAGGAUCAACAAGCUCACAACCUCAGAAGGUGAAUCCUACUUCAAGUAGUUAUGUCCUUCUUUUUGUGGAGAAGGGAAACGAUUUUAAGGUCGCCCAAAUCAGAAUCGAACAAGCAGAUCCCGAUGGUGACUACACUCGUCGUUGCCAGACUUUUUUUCAUGAAUUGAAGAAGAGUUAUCUGUGCCUCCGAGGAUUCUUCCGCAACUGGUUCAGCAUAUGGCGUUACUCUCAUUGUGAAUUUUAUAAGUUCCAACAAUUCCAAAUUUAUGAAUUCGAUGCGAUGGAGCCAAACGCCUUCCCCCAAGGAACGGAUGCCGAAUAUAAUGACUACGACUUCUAUCCGAAACCAAUGCUCCAGCAGAAAAUCCCACCAGUCAGUAAGCGCGAGUUCAAUAGGCGCUUCUACGCAUGUUACCAACCCCGGCCGCAUCUUCAUUUCUACCACGAUUGUAAAAAGCUAAGCGGCCAUACGAGGAACGUCUUAGAACGUUCCCCAAAGAAGAAAGCCAAUCUCAAGGCGGGAGGAACCGCGGAAGAAUUUCUUUGGGGAUUAUAUGCCCGCGAGAAUCCCAGCGCUCUACGGGUGUUCCUCUACAUCAUCGGUUGCCUUUUGCUACCGACUGUCUUCUUCUCCUGGAUCCUUCCCGCGGGACCUGAGACUGACCUACAAAAUCCAUCUGUCCCAUUUGGGAUGAUGCUGGGGUUAUUGGCUUUGGUCUUUUCAGUGUAUGGCAUCCGUUCUAAGUAA